CAGGCUUAUUUUAAACAUUGUAACACAAUGGCAACACAAGCUCCAACAUCAGCUGAUGCUUGUUUAAGUAUUGUUCAUAGUUUAAUGUGCCAUCGGCAGGUAUGUUUUUUUAGCUGAAAAUUCUUUCAUUAACUCAUUACAGUUUAUGGCUAAUUUGUGUGUGUCAUUUACCAAGGUACCCGGUGCUGUUCAUUUAUAAUUAGAACAACGCAUGGCUGAAUAAGAAAAAACUACAGAAGUAAAUUAAAAGUUCAAAACAAUCCUUAUUUUGAUAAUUCCUAAAAAUCUUAUCUUUGAUGUACCCAAAAGGUAUUAGGCUAAGUUCACUAAAUAAAUAAUAAGUAUUUACCUGAAUACAAGUUAUCAGUAUAGCAAGGGCUUAUUAUUGACAGUGUGAAAUAUACAAAUAUGUCUUAGAGAUGGUUUCAGUCUUUUAAAGGUUUCACAACACUGCUUUUUAAGAUCAAGAAGUUAAACUCUUCAUAAAUCUGAACAUAUUUAGAUUUUAUGAGUUUUAAAGUUUUUAUAGCAACUAACCUUUUAGUCUUGGGUAUUUAGACAAUAAAAUUUGUUUUAUAUUUUUAAUUAACAUUUUUUUUCAGGGUGGUGAGAGUGAAAGCUUUGCAAAAAGAGCCAUUGAAAGUUUAGUCAAAAAGCUAAAGGAGAAGAGAGAUGAGUUGGAUAGCUUGAUAACUGCCAUAACUACAAAUGGAGCACAUCCUUCUAAAUGUGUGACCAUUCAACGGACUCUUGAUGGCCGUUUACAGGUAUAAGUUCUUUUUGACAUUAUAAAAUAUAAAUGCUGCUGAAAUUAACAUUGUGUUUAUAAAAAAAGGAGAUCCCGCAACAUAAAAAUGUAUAUUUUAAAUAUUAACUUUAGCCUUUGAUAUCAUGUUUAUUCUUGCAACCCUUGUAAACAGGUUUAACAAAUUUUCCAGGUCGCAGGUAGAAAAGGAUUCCCACAUGUCAUAUACGCAAGAAUCUGGCGGUGGCCAGAUUUGCAUAAGAAUGAACUGAAGCAUGUUAAAUUUUGCCAGUUUGCAUUUGACCUGAAGCAAGACAGUGUCUGUAUCAAUCCUUACCAUUAUGAGAGAGUGGUAUCACCUGGAAUAGGUUAGUUCAUCAUUAUUCUUCCAGGUAUUAAAAUAAAAUAAAAAUGCAAGAAGUCCUUAAGUCAAAUGAGACUUUACUGUACCAAAAAAUACAGCAAACUUUUCUUAUAAUUAGCUACAUUGAGUCGUUUAAUCUGCAUUUGAAAACGUCUUUAUUUUUGUUUCAGAUUUAUCAGGUCUGUCUCUUCACCAUGCAGGUUAGUUGAUUUCUGUGAAACAGUGGCUGCCACCAUUGUCUGUUUUAUUGCGGUGUCAACCACUGGGGUCUGUUGUGGCCCUGUCAGCCACUGGGGUCUGUUGUGGCCCUGUCAGCUACUGGGGUCUGUAGUGGCACUGUCAACCACUGUGGUCUGUAGUGGCACCGUCAACAACUGGUGUUUAUAUUUUGGGGGGGUCAGGUGUGGCUGGUUGAUGUAUUUCUAAUGGUGAUACUCCUGCUGUCAGUCACUGGGUAUGCCCUGUACAACCAUUUGUGGGAAAGAUCACUGUAUGCUUAUUUAUAACUUGAAUAUCUUUACCCAUAAAAUACUUCAAAAGUUGAACACUUCUAUUUGGAAUUAUGUUUAUCGAUGAUUGUAGCUAUUGUUAUAUCAUAGGUUGUAAGAUUAAUAUAAUUAUUUCAAGGCCAUUUCUUAAAUGUGCCAUGCAAUUUUUGAAACUUAUCAGUGCCAAGAAAUCCAGAGCCUUAUACAGAACUUACAGGAGGAAAUUUAGGAAGGUUACUUGCAUUGUCAACCAAUACAUGUAGGGGAAUUAUUUAAAUAUUGAUAAUUUAUUGGUUCUAAGUUUUAGAUAAUAUUCUUAUCACUGCAGUGCUUUAUAUUUUGUUCCUUUUUUUAAAAAUUUACUGGAGUUGAACGUUUUUCAACCUUUUUAUUUGCUGUAGUAGUUAUAAUCCCAGAACCCGCAAAUUUGAACGGCUAUUUUCACAUAGCAGCAUAGUUCCAUAUCACAUAACAUUUAUUUUAUUUAUCAUUUAAAAAAAAAUUAUGUACAAUUGUUUUUCAAAUAUUGAUGACAUCUAAUGAUAUAUUAACAAUUCUUACAAAUAAAGAAACUGCAUGCUUGUUGGAUUAGAUGAAGGAAAAAAAGUAUACGUUUUUAUGUGAGAUACAUUUUAGCUUUGACCUUUUUUCACAUUGAAUAACCAUGUAUUUAAUAUAGAGUCUUAAUUCCUUAAAAAAUUUAAAUUGCCAAAUUCAUAUGGGCAUCAUCUUAUUUGUGUUAGGAUUCAUUAUUAGUUUUGUUUUGGGGUCUGCUAUGUGAGACAUCAAAUAUGAACUAUCUAUUUGUCACUUAAUUAAUUGUGUAGUGCCACACAUCCCCUGCACAGGCCCUCCUGGGAGGCUUGUCAAGGAUGAGUACAGUAGCAGCGCAUCCAUGUCCAUCACAGAACAUGCCCAGCUUACAGGGGACACACAGACAGUCCAGCAUCCACCAGCUGAUUCAUUUCUUCACAUGCCAGGUAAGAUGUUCAGUUCACGUUUAUGGAUUUCACAAAUAUUUAUAAAUAUUAAUUUAAAACAAUUAUUGGAGUACUUAUAGCAAUUAUUAUUGUAGCUUUCGCAGUGAAGUCAAGAUUUACCUUUUAAACCAGUUCAUAAUACUAUUAAGGAGAUAAAUAUGGGCUCACAAUUAUUAUUGAUUUAAAUUUAUAUACAAAUUGACUACGGAAAGAAAACCCAUGGUCUUAAAUGCUCACUUGAAAAUAUCCAGCUAUAAUAAAAAUGUUCAAGCCUCAUUACAGUUUUUUUAUUUAACUGAUACUGCAGCUUGUAAAAUGUUCAGCAUUGAAAUACAAUUUCUUGUUACAGUGUCCAAAAUUUGGUUGAUUAUGUUUUGUAAAAAUCCCAAUGCUUAUUUUUCUCUAGUCUUUGUCUCUAAUACUUUGUAUUGGUUGAUACAACUACUGAAUAGCCUUUAAUUUUGAAUUGUUUCUGUGCUUAUAAGCUACUUUUAUGAAGCUCAUCUGGGAGCUGUCAUUUCUAUGACUAGAGAUGCAUGUUUGUUAACCAUUUGUUGUGUAGGUUUGUAAAAUUAAAGUUGAUAGAGUGUCUAGAUUUAAGGACAGUAGCCAGAGACCUCAACCAUCUCCACAGAAGGACCAACACACCUGACUCUAAUACCUCUUGUUUGAUCAAAUGCUUUAAUGUAAUUUCUUGUUUUCAUGCUAGGCACACGGCCUGUGACCUCCACGGCACACCCCCUCCCCUCCCCGUCCUCCUCAGUUAACAGUGUCUCUGUCGUAGCGCCCCCCCAGCAGCAGGUGCCGCCCGUCAGUGUUGUAGGGGGGAGUCAAAUGGGGGCCACCCUGUGCCGCUCUGAGAGCGGGGGGUCCCUGUCACAUCCCCACCACCCUCUCAACUCCCAAGCCAACCAGCCAUUGUCUCCCGUACAGCAAGCCUUGCCCAGACUAGAUUUAUCCCGGCCAAGUGAGUUCUAGUGACCAUUCAUUGCUUCGGUGAUGGGUGUGCUUUAACUAACUAUUAAUCCUGUCAAUUAACCAGCUUGGGAGAGCCAGUCAGCUGGAGCUUUAGCUGCUUAUCUCUCAUUAGUUCCUUGUAGUUUGUAGAAUCACAUAAUACUUGCUACAUGCUUUUUAUUAAAACAAAAAUUUUCUCAUAUAAUAUCCUUUUGUCCCUACCUAACUAGCUACUUGAUUAUUUCCAUGUGCUUUAGAUUUAUAAAAAGCCUUAAGAUAUAUGUAAAUAAUUUAAAUGCCAAAAUGCAGGAUUAAAUAUGCAAUAUUGUAAAAGUUAAUCAAAAUAAUAUCAAACAUCCAGUCGAACCCGCUUAUCUCGACCUCGGUUAACUAGCCAACCCUGUUGUGUCGACGUUUUUGAAGUGGAACCACCAAAUUCUCUCUUUGUCUAAGUCUUAGCAUUUUCUCCUCGGUUAUGUCGAUUCUUUUAUGUCGCUGAACUCUGAUAUCUCGAGCAUUAAAGGCGGCCAAAGUUGCCACUUAACCUUGGUUACCAUGAUCCCCGUGACCAAUUGCCGGCUUUUGAACUUCGCAUUAAGAAAUAGCAAACAACAAAUAAACAAGUUUUUCAUAAUUAAAAGCAAUUAUUUAUGUCUCAGAAUACAGGACUUGUGUUUUAGAAUGAACCUAGGAGUAAUUUAAAUAAAUAUGUUUUAAUUUGAGGUUUAAGAAACCUGGUAGAGUCCAUAUUAUAAAUGAUCACAAUUUGCAUUGUGCAAAAUGUUGUCAUGGGCAGGCAUUCACGUUCACUUGCAUAAUGGUACUAGGUCAGAGUUUCAUAAGAGUUUGCCAUGUGCAAAUGCUAUUAAACCAUUGGUCUGGGAAAGCUUUAAUUAAAUAGUCAUGUGCCAAAAUUGAAAGUUCAAAAUAAGUAGUCCCUAAAUAGUAUUUUAAUAAUAAGGGGAUACGUUGCCUUUUAUAAACUAUAUAGUCAUUGCGCAAGGGUUCACAAUAUGUGGAGGCUUCGUCCAUAGUAGAAAAUACCAAACGAACUCGCACUUUAAAAAUUCAAAGCUCAAAAAGUACUAAAGUUAAAAUGUAAAUUUUAAAAAUUUUGAAUUUGCUAUAAAAAACUGUACUAUUAAACAAAUAUUUAUUAUUUAUUUACUGAAGUACCUGCAUUUAUUAACGCAUAUCAUGUACAUAAAGAAAUUUCAAGCACAUGUUAAUAUAUUGCCGCCAUAUUGGUUUUCGGUUAUCUCGAUCAUCAGUUGUCUUGAUGCUUUUUGGCAAACACCGAGGCCUUCGACAUGACCGGGUUCUACUGGAGAUAGGUUUAUUAGAACUUGGCUUAGCAAAGCAAGGUGUUAAAGGUUUAUUAGAACUUGGCUUAGCAAAGCAAGGUGUUAAAUUUUCUGGAUAGCUAUUUUGUAGUCUCGGUGAGACAACCAAAAUAAAUGUCUAACUUUCAUCUCUCUACCUUUCUAUUCAUGAAGAUAACUACCACACAAAUAAUGCUAUUAAUGUAAGAUAAAGCUACAGUGGUGAUCUAGAAAACAAGAUAAGGAACAUAAAAUUGAUGAUUACAUAGGACUAAGAGAAAAGACAAUAAGUCACUACUCUAAUGUUUAUUUUGUUAAAAACUCAUCAAAGGCUGAACCUUCAAAUCAUACCCAAAGGGUUCCAAGAUGGCCUUUCAGGGGUUGUGAGGGAAAAUUGAUUAUAAUAUAAGAUGAGCCAAUUAGUUUUAAGUAAUGAUAUAAAUGUAAACAAUUUAUAAAGAAAAAAUUCUGCAAUAACAUUUUACUUUAAUGUGUGAAGUCACAGGUUUAGUCUCCAGUUUUAAAAUGCACCUACUUUUGUAGGGGGUACAAGACUUAGUCAAAAUUCAUAAGGGUAGCAGAUGUAUACAAAAGUUGUAAAACCAGCAUUAGAUGAUAAAAUCAUUUAUAAUAUUUCUUUUCGUUAUUGUUCUGUAUUCAGAGAGAUCAAUAUUGUGUAAAAUAUAUGUCAACAGGCUUUAAAAAGGCAAAACAAAGAUUAUAUGUUACCAUAACUGUUAGUUAGUAUGUUAGUCAGAUUUCGUUGUGUUGUACUCAACUCUAUGUCAAAUAACGGAAAUAUUAAAUAAGAACAUGGGUAGACAACACAACAUGUUAGGUCCUUUUUCUUUACUACUGGUCCAGCAACUUGUUUCACUAGGCACUAUUGAGCUGUGAUAAUUUUGAUAGUACUAAACAUGCUAUGGGUUUGGUUCUCAAGCAUUUGAGAACCCUGAUAAAACUGCUUUUCAGUCUUUACGCUUAAGUGAAAAUAAAAUCAAAAUGAUCCCAUUAUUGAUGUGUGCCUGAAAAGGCUCUGUUGUUAUGUGCUAACCCUAACAUUGUUAUAAUACCAUUUCACGCAAUUCACAUUUUGUAUUGUUAUGCACUAACAGCUUAGUCUAGUCACUUUCUGCUCCAACCCAAUCUAAACUGUUUCCACAGUAACAGCUAGCUUAACAUGAACCCUUAACAUGUCUGACUCUGAACUGUAACUUAUCAUGCAUUGUUAACAUCAUCCCCACUUUACAAUUCUUUAAUGCUUACUUGCAUGUUUUAAGGGAAAGGUCUCAUUUUGUAGAAGAAGGGCAUAUUUUUAUUAAGUAUAAAAAGAUUGGUAAGUCAUUGUUUGUUUAAAAUGGGAAUAUUCUUACAUAUUUGGGAAAACCUAAAAAAAAGUUAGAUAUAAUAAUUCAUCUUCAAUCAUGAAACAUGGUUUAGUUUAUGGGUCCGGCUAUUCGGACCUGGGUACCAGAAGUGAGAGGUUGGGUUUAUUAAAAAAUAUUUAAAAUAUUAUUGUUGGGUUUGUAAGAUAAAAUUUGUUAUUGAAUGAAAGAUAAUAGAAUGGACUAUAUGUUUAUAAACCUAAUUCUUCAGUUUAACUAAAAUAAACGACCACAAAUGACAUCCGAAUAUCAUUUAGUCUAAUUCUACCUGGGUCCAAAUAGCAGCGAUGCGUGCCCGGUUCCAUUUUCCACUUGGUUAGUUCAUGUUGUCCUGUUUUUUUAUACGUAAAUUUUUAUGAAAAAUAUAUACAGAGUUUAUAAAAGGGCACAUAAACAGGCAUAAAUAUAUAUCAAGAUAAAGAAGGAUACCAUUAAAUAGUUGAGACUUGUUCAGAGAGAUUCAGAAUGUUUUGGGAGAGAUUGAAAGUUUCAUGUUUAAAGGAAUAGCUCAUGAGCGAUCAUUAGCUUAUGUGAUGUUGAACAAUGAUGGAGUUUGUCAACAGGAUCAAUAAAAGUUAGAAUGGAGAAUAUUUAACUAAGGAUCAUCGGCUGAUAUUUUUCUAUAAAUUUUGAUAUAUGUAUUUAUCAAUAUAUAUUGGUACUUAUUAUCAUGUUGAUGGGCAUUACUGGCUUCCUCUGUGAAGCGGCUUCCCGAUAUAUGUCAGUUUUAACUGGUUUUUCUUUAAAGUUCUAAGAAAAUCUAUUUAUUGAAAUUUGAUUUAUUUUCUUUUUUCAUUAAAACCUUUUCAUUUCUUUCUUCCACUAAUUAUACAUUUAAAAAAAAAAUAACUAAGUUGUGAGGCUAGAUAAUUGAGAACUGUUGUAGAUUUUUUUCAUCUUGUUUGACUGUCUGGCUGUAUAGAUAUUUUGUGUGAUUUAAUUUAGUCAUGGCAUAUUUUAUUCCCUUGCACAUUUUCAAAUAUACUUAUAGUUAUUGACUCUUAAAUUUAUAAAUAAAAUUGUGUCGUUUUCUUCUGAGAAUUAGAAAAAUUUCAUUUGGAUUUUUGCAAUUUUGUAUGUUAGUCACUGAAUUUUAAAUAAGGUCCAUACCAUAUUUUAUGUCAUUUUAUUUUUAGAGGUAGGGAAAUAAUUAAUUGGACAAUCAAAUACAUUCAGGGAUGGUGCAUACACUUUUUGACAAAUACUUUUGAAGAUCUUAUAAUUUAACUGUCUCAUUAUUCAUUUUUUUGGGGAAUAAGUUUUAAGUCAGGUUCAGGAGGAGUGAGGAGGAUAAACCCUUUAAAUGCCAGAUGGUCACAUUUUAAUUAUGGCCCCUUGUGUUGCUAAAAUACUAUUUGCCUUCAACAGAUAACCAUUUGCCCACAAAAGUUCACUUACUAUAAUUGUUUAUUUUGUUUACUUGAAGUUAUCAAGCCAAAGAAUAAAAAUUUCAAAUCCACUAUUAGCAUAUAGCUUGAAAACCUUUUUAAGUAGGUCAGUGUCCUUGUUUUGCUGAAUUUGUGAUAUCAACACAUGUGUUUAAUUAUUUAAAAUGAGACAUUCUCAAACAUGUCAGAUAUUUUUUUAUAUUCUUGCUGAAAGGUUAGUUCCAUAUGUGAAUGUAAUCUUUGAGGUCCUUUAACUGCAUACAUAUAGUGUUAUAUGAGAAAUUUGUUCACUAAGCUCCCUAAGAGUGUUAGAUUAGAACAUAUGACCAAAAUAACAUUUUAUCUUAUACCCAUACUAGAAUAUAUAAUUACAAAAGGCCCUUGUAUAUAAAAUUUCAAGGGCAUCAUUAGAGAACUAUGAACACAAGGUUAGCUUACAGCAUCAGUGAAUUAUUUACACUACGAUUGUACUCAUUGACUUUGCAUUAUAUCAGGCACAAGUGGAAUGAGCUCACAUCCAAGUCCCAUGGGCGUACCCACACCCCCAACCCAUCCACCCCAAGUGGUGCGCAGCAACAGCCAGGGUCACGGUCACACCAACAUGCCACAAGAGACCUACCCCCGACCCGUCCACAACCAGGCCAAUCUGCGGCACUAUCCCCAGCGUAAGCUACAUUCCAUAUGGUUUUAACAUGUUUUAUUAGAGAUAACCAAUUGACAUUCCAGUGUGUUUAAAAAAAGAAAAUGUCUUUAAUUUUGAAUAUCUGUUCGUGGUCAAUAUAUCAUUUUUGAGUAACUAAGAAUCAAUAUACAGUUAAACCAGACCUGUUUACUCUUACGAUCUUGGGGUACAAUGUAUGAUUUUGACGUGAAUACAUUAUAUAUACUGUAUGUUAUUUAUUUACUAUUAAGAUAAUGUAUUGAACGAUUUUGUAAUGAUAUUGUACGAUUUUAAGAGGGUAAACAGGUCUGGUUAACCUGGAAAAUCAUCAUAUGAUCUUAUAUAAACUAUUUCCCAUUGUAAUACUCUUUACUUGUCUUGUAAACCAUUUUUGUUGAUGACUGUAACCGUUUAUCCUGUUGUUUGUGAUACAGUGGUGAUGGUUAACUAAGUCUAUGAUAAUUGAAUAACUCUCACCUCAAGACAUCAAAUGUAAUUCAAAUGAAUCAUCCAGUCCCUUAAUGUAACUAAUCACUGGCACUUUAUUUCAAUAAAAUGGAAUAUACAUAAUACAUUAACAACUUUAUUUAUAGUACAGGAUAUUCAUAUAUAUUCACUUCUGUGUUGACUAAUUAUCCUUACUAUAUUCUUCACAUUAGUACACAAUUUAUUGUAGCACAGAAUAAUCAUAAUCUUUAUAACAUUUCUGUCUACCCUCGUCCAUUAUAUCUAUUUAUUGUCUCCCUCCAAAUCCAAAUAACAUCACAUUAGCACACACAAAGUUAUACUGUUACAAUGACUAUAAACAAUGACUCAACUGAAAUGUAUGUUUCCAGCUUCCCCUUCAGCAUGGUCAGAUAAUGCAACAUCACCCUACUCCCAGGCCAUGUCUUACUGUAAGUUCAGGUGUUUUACUCUAGUCUACAACAAAAGCCCAAGACAAGAACUUGGCCUUUUUAAAUAAAACUUAAUCCCUUUGUCUAGUGAGCUUUGAUAGAUUUAUAGACUUAGAUUUUUGAAUCUGUGUUUUAAUGUUAGGAAAUAGUAACUGCUGGUUUCAGGAGGCAAAAAAGAAACUAAAGAACAAACAAACUUUGAGUUUAAAGGAUUCUAGUAUGGUGAUGGGUGUCAUAUUGACACUUUGAUUUCCUAGAUAAAAUGUAUAUAAGUCUUGAAUAUCUAAAUAUAUGCCAGUUUAAGUGAAAUUAAUGAUUGAUAGUUGAUAGCUUGUAUCUUUCAGGGAGCAAUGGUCAGAUGCAGGCGGACAUGGCAUCUAUGGCACCUCUUACAAACCAGCCACGUAUGUUUUAUUUAUUAUCAAGUGGUUGUGAACAAACUUUCUACAUUCAGUGUUUAAUUUUAACAUUAAAUUUGACUCUAUAAAACAAUCGGAUAUGGAGCAUAUUCAAAGCUGACAGAUUUUAUCUGUGGACUUGGUUCUCAAAUCUGAAUGAUAGUAACUAAACCUGAUUUCAGCAAUCUUAUCUUUUCAAAAAAAUAAUUGGUUGUAUCAUAAUGUUUAGAAAUUUUUUUUUAAAUGAAUUUUUUUUGGGUGAAAAGUACUUAUAAACUUGACCAAUAAAAAUGACCAGAUUUUGUUUAGUUGUUGCCCAGAGAUUGAUGAACUCUUGAUGUCUAAAAGAAGAAAGCUGUCUUCUUUUCUACUGUUAGUUUUACAUGGAGAUAAUUUUGUAUUGUGGUUCCAUGUUAUUUAGCCCCAGAAUACUGGUGCACACAGACGUACUUUGAACUGGACCAACAAGUCGGAGAAACAUUUAAAGUUCCUUAUGCUGUGAAAACCGUCACUGUUGAUGGCUACACUGACCCCUCCAGUAUUGACCGCUUCUGUCUUGGUCAAUUGUCCAAUGUUCACAGAACUGAGGCCAGUGAGAGAGCCAGGUGAGAAAGCUGUUAUUACAUGAGAGGGAGAACUGUUGGUCCAGGAAGUGGGUAGAAAAAGGCAGAUUAAGAGAAUUGAUUCUUGGUCAAGGGAGGGAGAGAGAGUAGUUAACCAGUCACCAAUAUUCCUUCUAAACUCUUUCAAUGGCAGUGUGCUUAGUAAAUCUGUAAAAAAAAUCCUUGAGCUCAAGAAUCAACAUGUAUGAUGUACUUCUCUAUAUUUCUAAUUAUAAUAAUUUGUUGUGGAAAUUCUACUCUCAUUGACUGAGCUCUGCCACCACCAUCAAAGACAAGAAAAAGUGAAAGCCCUUUUCUUUUCUGAAGCCGGGCCAGUUACGAGUAUGAUGAGAUACACUUGUAAACAAGUUUCUAUUAGUGCCAUUUCAGCUUCAUGGUGAGUGUUGGAAAUAUUGAGUUGUACUCUUUUUGUGUGGCUGUACUUUGUCCUUUGACUUUCAGACUUCACAUUGGCAAAGGUGUAUCACUGGACUACAGGGGUGAGGGGGAUGUUUGGAUCAGGUGUGUCAGUGAUCACAGUGUCUUUGUACAGAGCUUUUACCUGGACAGGGAGGCCGGAAGGGCACCGGGGGAUGCUGUCCAUAAAAUAUACCCUACUGCUUACAUCAAGGUAAAGACUGGCCACUAGGUGUUGUAGUUCAUAGAAUAUGCCCUACUGCUUACAUCAAGGUAAAGACUGACCACUAGGUGUUGUAGUUCAUAGAAUAUGCCUAACUUCUUACAUCUGGAAUGACCAACACAAAUGGCUACAUGGGCCAAUUUGAUCUUGUAUCAACUCUUCACUUUGAUGGGCCAAUUUGAUCUUGUAUCAACUCUUCACGGGCUGCAAAGAAAUAAAGUGAAAUAAAUAAUGUACACAAGCAUUUUUUGAAAUUCAUGCACAUAUUUCUCAGAUGACAACACAUCUACUUGUGCCACUGCCACACAUUAAUAUAUAUAAAAGUUAUAUAUAAUGUUGAUAAAAGGUGCCUGUUAUUGUCACUUUGAUCUACAAUUAUUGUGGGAUGAAGGACCGGAAAUCUAGGACACCCACCUAGUCUGCCAAGCUAAAUGGGGGAGGGUUCUGGAGGGGGGCUGAACCCACACUCCUAGCAAUUGUUUUGUAAUGUUCAGAAUGCAGGGAUGCAUCAUUUCACAUAGCUGAAGUUAGUUUGGCAUCAUUACAGUUAAACCAAAGAACAAAAGAAUAAAUGCUUGUGAAAACGUAGGUUUUCUUUACCUAGCUGUGUUUUAUCAAUCUUUUGAGUACUUACUAAAUAUUCACAAGGGUGGCCAACCCGCAGCCCCGAUGGGUUAAAUAUUGUGGCCUGUCACCUGUGUCACAAAUGAACUUAUUUCUUUAUUCAUUUAGCGAUUACUAUGAAAAAAAGUGCUCUAUAUAUUUUUUAAAUAUGCGCCUUUGCCAGGAAUGAAAAUAAUCACUAAUUGAAUGAAAAAAUAAGUUUAUUUCUGAUACAGCUAGCAGGCAACAAUAUUUAACCCUGGUUUACAUCAACGCAAACAGUACUCACUAGGUGUUGUAGUACAUAAAGUAUAACCAACUGUUUACAUCAAGGCAAACAGUACUCACUAGGUAUUGUAGUACAUAAAGUAUAACCAACUGUUUACAUCAAGGCAAACAGUACUCACUAGGUGUUGUAGUACAUAAAGUAUAACCAACUUUUUACAUCAAGGGCUCAACCUUUUUAAGUGCUGUGAUUCCUUGAUAAAAUUUGCCAAGUUGUGGCAACCCAACACCAGUAUUAUUCCUAGAAAUUGAGGAAUGGGUUUUGAGAAGUUAAGGGGAGCUGAAUUUGAAUGUAAUAUCUUAUAAUUCCUAAUUUUUUAUGCUAGAUAAAAGAUAAGAAAUAGUCAAAAUUUAAAAAUAAAAUAAGCUGGUAACAUCUACAGCAUAAAUAAUAGUCUUUUUUUUAAAUGUAUCUGUAGUGUGACAACUAGUGUUUUAAAAUGAAAUGUUUAUAAACAAGAUUUCAGAUUUUAAACAAAUUCUCAAUUUCUAAAGUUAUCAGGUGGCUCCUGGCAUAUUGUCAGAUGAGUGUUGACCCACAGUUAAAGAACCCUUGGUUCACAUUAGUGGUCAGUGUCUUACUGAAUAAGCUCAUAGCUAAAGCUUACAGAGGAAUAUUUCAAGAUUUGCCUGAUGGUCACUUAUGUUUGAACUAUUCCUAAAUAAGGUUACGGGGUACAAUGUAGGCUGCUAAAAUAAUGCAAAACAUACAUUUAUUGUUCAUAAAAAUAAUCUUAGUAUUCAAUAUAAAAUGAUAUGGAAUUCAGAAAAAGCCAUCAUUGUUGUGGCCAAGUAAUUUCUUUUCUUAUCUUGAGCCAUUUCCCCCUGCAGGUGUUUGAUAUAAGACAGUGUCACAGACAGAUGCAAGAACAGGCAGCUACUGCACAGGCUGCAGCAGCAGCACAAGCGGCAGCUGUGGCUGGGAGUAUUGCUGGCUCAUCGGCUGUUGGAGGUAACAUGUCAAUAUACUGAUUGUGCUGGUGUCAUAUCUGAUUUUAUGUACAUAUCAAUUUCAUCUUUUCCAUUUGUGAACCAAUCAUAAUGUUAAAUGUCAAUAGAAACAUAUUAGAAAUUUAUCACUGUGUCCGAAAUAUGGUAAAAGGGGCCUCGGGUAGGCAGAUCGUAUGCCCCUGUAUUUUGUAAACUUUUUCAUCUCUCAUUCUCUUUUUUUUUCACCAUUUUCACUCUGACUCAAGCAAAAAGGAAUACAUUUUUUGCUACGUCUAGCUAUUCACAUAGUGCUAUUUUGGUUUUAAGUAGCAUUUUUUUUAAAAUGUGACAGGUGACAUUUGUAUUAGCAUUAAGAAUUUUUAAAGCAUUUUUUAAGCAUUAUUUUGUGGAGCUUGAUUAUUUUAAAGAAAUUUUAGACUUUUUAUUUUGUAUUAUAUGUUUAACGUAUUCUCUUUAGAUAUUUACUAAAACUCUUGAUAUUUGACCAAUCAAAACAAUUCUUUAAAGCCCUUGACAAGCCACUAAUAUAAUAUGUGACAUGUACAAGUCUAUGAUAAAGAUUAACUAUUUCAUUGUCCUAGAUUUCUAAUCCAUAAAUCUUUAUGAUUUUACUUAUCUAAAACAUGUUUGUUUUGUUGCAGCAAGCUUGUCGGCAGCAGCUGGUAUUGGAGUCGAUGACCUCCGUCGACUCUGCUUGCUCCGCCUCAGUUUCGUCAAAGGCUGGGGCCCGGACUACCCCCGUAAGAGCAUUAAAGAAACCCCAUGUUGGAUCGAGAUCCAGCUGCACCGGCCCCUCCAGCUGUUGGACGAGGUGCUUCAAGCCAUGCCCAACAAUGACUUCAAGCCAGGCAUUUCUUUCUUUCUGCCAUGAAUCUUAUACCUCACGAAUGAGAAUUUCCUCGGACAGACCUUGGGAUUUGUUUUGGAUAUUAAGCAACAUAAUCACUACAAGUCUGAAAGAAGGAUACUGUUUGCACAUGGUCAUUCAUGCGUCAUGCAGAUCUUGACUUUUAAAAUAGCCAUUUCAUUGGUCAAUAUCAUCGGAGAGCACAUUAUUGGAUUCAUUAGGUUAAUGUAAUUUUUACAGAACAUUUCAUUUGAUUUGCUGUAUUGGGGUAUUGACCGGAGCCAAAUUGUUAGUUCAACUACUUGUUAAUUCAACAACUCUCUGAGCACACAUUAUUGGAUUCUUUGGGUUAGUGUACAAUUUUCUACAGACCGUCUCAAGUGAUUUGCUUUGUUGACUGGAACAAAUGUUAAUUGGUUAGUUCAACUUCUCAUGUUAUUCAACAAAUCUCCAGCUGUUUUUCAAUAACUUGUACAUGUGUUGCCCAGCAUUUACACAAACAAUUGUACAUGUGUUGCCCAGCUUUUACACAAACAAUUGUACAUGUGUUGCCCAGCAUUUACACUAACAGCUGUGUGGUAAUUAUCAAUCCAAGGAUCACUCAGUCUGCUGUGCUGAUUGGAUGGUCAAAAGUUCUUCUGUUUGUUGCCUUUCUAUAUAUAUUUUUCAAUGAUUCUGACAUGACAUGUUCCUAUGACUAUUAGGUGUUCAUUGAUAUGAUGUGUUCCUAUGACAUCUGUACUUAAUUUAGCAUUCAGAUUUAAUCUUUCACUGAACUCUAGGAUUCCAGAAUUACAUUUUUAACAAGUGACCAGCUUCUGUCUCAUGUUGGCCUUCUCACAACAACCCAGUCCUCCCCCACCCCAUUAGAUAGUUCAAACUCAACAAGUUGGCAUGCAGUACACCAAAGACCUGGCUUCUGUCCACUGAACUAUUUAAUGGUUUAAAAUAAAUAUUGCCUGCAUCUUUUAUUAGUUUAAUUUUUUACAGGAGCAUGUCAUACUUAAGUUACAGUACUUGAGCCUCUGUUGCACAAUGCUAACAUAUAGCUCUUAAACUUCUGUUACAUUGGAAUCUGAAGCGCUUAAAGCUAUUUGUAAACUAUACAUUUAUUAUUAUAUUAGUCAGAUCUAUGGCUGUGUGCUGUCAUGAUCAGAUAUCAGGUUUUGUCUUGCACAGUUCCAUGAUUUUUCUAUGUUAGAUCCAACAGAGGAAACGUUCAAUGAAUUAUAUCGGAAACUUUGUAGAAGUCAUUUAUUGAUACUAAUAACUCAAUGCCCUGAUUUGAUGGCUUUACAUAUAAGGUAUGAUCCUUGUCUUUAAAGCACAACUCAUGUUCUGUACAACAUUAAUUAUACGGUGACACUAAUCAUACAGUGGCAGUGGAAUGUGACAUUGAGUGUCAUUUCUGUCACCUUACAUCUGUUGUCAGUUUUAACAAAUUUUGACAAGAGUUAAUGUUGUAGUGUAUACUUUAUGGUGAACCUAUCAUGCAGCUGCUGGCAGGAACUAUCUUGUUGUUUGAGCACUUUUUUCACUUGGCUUGGAAGUUGUAGUUUUAAUGUGGAAAUAUCUUAAUAAAAAUUAACUGGUAUAUAAAGUAUGUUAAAUAUUAACUUUGUUCUAUAGAAUUUAUAUAAAAAUGUUGCUAUGUGUAAUAUGGACUUGGGGAAAAUCUGUCAGGUAAAUGGUUGAAAUCCAUCGAGAAAUUCUUAAAUUUGAAUCGUAGAAUCAUAGAACUUUAAAUUUGAAAAAAAAGCUCUUUUGAAUGUCAACAGCAUUAUUUCAAUAUGUUUUAUUUAUGAUUAUUGUGUGACUGGACGGUCUAGUGCUGACCUUAUGAGUAAUGUCUGUGGUCAGUCUAUUGCUGACUUUAUGGGUUAUGUCACUGGUCAGCAUAGAGCUGAUCUCAUGGGUUAGUUUUGUAAUGUAACCAACUUUGCAGCACUAAUGUUGAUAAAAAUGUUAUUUAGGGUAGAACGAACCUGACCUCUAUCAUCAUAAACUCUCAUUCAUAGAACACAGAACAAUUGGUCAUCUCACCCAUCUCAUUUCUAUAGUUUUCUAUGUUGAAGUUUCUUACAUUGAUGAUGGCAGCAAGCCACUCAUAUUUCAAAUCUGCGAGUGUGUCAGGGUAAAUCAUGCCCAAUUAUCUUAGAGACUUCAGUAGAAGAGAUGGACUUGCUAAAAAUGAACUUCAUUAGAACAGUUUGUAACAUUUAUUGAUGUAGUUUUGAUUAUGAUAGGUUUCUUACUUAAAGGCAGGAGCAACAUUAUGUGAUAAAAAAAACCUGUCAAAGCUAUUGUUUACUGUCAGCAGUUGGUCAAAUUUGGCCAAAAGUGAUUUCUAGAUAGGAAUAUUGAGAGAUGGGAAUUCAUGAGAUUUAACAUUUUAUAGUUGAAAUAAAAACCAUUUUUGACAUUGGACGUCUACUUAAGAAGAAUUGGUCUCAUUAAAUAUGCAUUCCUGGCACUACUUGUACUCAAUGUCCGUCUCAUUACUACAGGAUUCUGGGAGAAAUAUCACAAUUGGUCAAUGUUCUAUCAUAAUUAAACUGGACUGUUGAUGUUUUACUCAAACUAUUUUCUUUAUUAAAUCAGCCAGUCUGUUAGAUGUAUGGAGAUGUUAGCUGUACUGAGAUUUUUGCUGUUUCUUAUAAACUAAAUUUUUGCCCGUGUUAAGUAGGAACAGAUGUUUGCUAAUGGAUGGUAAUAUUUUCUUUAAUAUUGUUUGAUCAGUUAGUACAUUGAGAUGUUUUCAUAUUUAAAUCUUCUGCAUAUGUCUUAGUGUAUUGAGGUGUUUUGAUGUUGGAUAGAACUGUUUGUUGGUUGUAUAGUAUUGAUAUAAAUUUCUUUCAUGAUGGUCUUGUGAUGCUCUAUUUCAUUUGUUGACAUAUCCACUGUCUGAUUAAUAUGCCUCAUUCUACUAAAGCAACAAUAAAAAAUAGUGGUGACUCAUGUACAACAGUUGUAUGUCUUCCCUAAGCCAAUGUUAAUUCACAUGGCCCAUGCUUUGAUGCGUCAGUUAUGCAGACUCAUCAAUACAAGUGCCUGGAGCCAUGGCUUAGAGGAGCGUUUCCCAAAUUUUUGUUUUGUGACCUAGUUAUUUUUAUACUUCUCAUUCGUGACCCAUUAACAUUUGUAUCACCUCCACUGGCAUAUAGUAAUAUGUAACAGAUAUGAAUGUCCACACAGUUUUCCUAUAUUAUAAUAAAGCAUUUACUCAUAAAAGACUGUAAAGAAAUCAAAUUUACCAAAAAUUUAUUGAGUACGUCACGAUAAUCUAACCUAGAUUUUCAAACAUUUAUUCCUCUUUCGGCCACCUGGUAAUUUUGCUUUUUUGUGACCCAAUAUUUAGGGAACGCUGGCUUAAAGGAUUCGUUUUCAUACAAUCCGGUCUCAUACAGUUCAUCCUCAAAGUUCACCUUCAUACAGUUCAUCUUCAUAUAAUUCAUCAUCAUACAGUUCAUCCAUGUACAGUUCAUCCUCAUACAGUUCAUCCUCAUAUAGUUCAUUCUCAUUCAGUUCAUCCUCAUACAGUUCAUCCUCAUACAUCAUCAUGCAGUCCACCCUGAACAAGUGAUAACAUAUUUUUGUGGCUCAGCAUCACUGCCUUACUCACUAUGGUUUCUCUCAACUAUUUUCAUUUAAAUGAUGGACAUUAAACAUUUUCAUUCCUUUUUGGGUGUCUUCCUUUUGUUAGGUUUUUCCCCUCCUUUCAGCAAAUAAAUUAUUUGUUCUCUUGGUUUGAUGAUAUAUUUGUAAGACUUAAUAGUACAUUACCAGAGCAAAAACGCUAUAGACACUUAACCGCCUGAAUAAAACUUUCAAGACAUAUGCUGCAGGCAAAAGUUAACCUUAAUUUAGCUUACAAUACAGGGUGUCUCUUUGGUCUAGAAACAUGGACCAAAUAGAUAUUUCAAUAAAUUUUUCCACAUUUAAUUAAUUUAUUUCACAUAUCUUCAGUUUGAUUUCCACCAUUUCCUCUACAAAUUUUGUAACUUUUAAAACACAUAAAACCAUCAAUGUACUUACAGACUUUAGGGAACCUUUCCAUUUUCAAUGUUGGUUUGUUUUUGAACAUGAUAGAAUGUUUGAAAUUUACUUCAAUGAAAUAAACAAUUUUUUUGGUUUACAGCAUCCAUAAAAAUCAUAGGUUAUUUAAAAAUCAUUUGUAGAUAAAGUUACAAAAAGAAAUUACACACAAUUGGUCAAAAGUUUGAAUCCUUAACCUGAAAUAUACUCAGUGUACUAGAACCAGAUUCUUCUGUGGUGAGCAUAACUGUCUCAUCAGCACAAAAUUAAAUGAACAAUUUGUUCGGACUUAAAUUUUUCUAUGACUCUUCUUGUGAAAUUGAUAAAAACCCUCAUUUGAAUAUGAUCGUGAGUGUGUGAAAGUGAUAGUUGUUUUUUUAUGCGACACUCUAAAAGCUUCCAGUUUACAGUAUUGAGGAUGUCUUGCCUCACAUUAACCAUACCUCCUUGAUAACCAUUACAUUGUACACUUCUUUUUUUUUUUACUCUUAGUUCUUUUCUCCUAAAUCUUGCCUGUCCAUCAUUGUUUUUUCCCCAACUUUGUUACCAGGUAUCCAAACUUCCAUAACUUACUGUAUCCAUCAUUUUACCCUUGUUAUUUGUACUUUUACCAAUGUUUUGUGAAUACACAAGGCCAUGGAAAUAUUAUUAUACAAGACACUAUAGGAAGCUGUCCUUUCAAAUUUUGAUGUCUGUGGGAAUGAAGUUUAUAAAAAAAAGAGGCACAUUGUUAAAAGAUAGUGAGUGCUGUGAUAAACAACAGCUUUAUUCUACAAUCAUCUUAUCUGUAUACCAUUUAAAGCUUAAGCAAGCCUGCUGUAUGUGUCUGACUAUGGACUCUCAUCAUUGCCAGUUUUAUCGCUGUUGUUUAUUCUAGUUCUAGCAAGAGAGCAAAGUAAAUUGAACCCGUUUUCUUUUGAAUUUGAACCAUUUAAAAAAUCUCCACAUAUAUUUGAAUUGAACAGCUGUAUGAAUGAUAGUAAAAAGGUAUAAUUACAAUGAAUUAUAAUAUUUUGAGAAGAAAAAAAAAUCUCAAAACAAAAGUUUUU